AUGUGGCGCAAAGCUCGCGACAUUAAUCUGGCGCGUCGCCGCCUCCGCCCAGGCCGUGCGUGGCCUAAUCCGGCCGUUCGCCGAACGAUCCCGAUACCAGGAAGAUGGGGAAAUCUCGGAAGGCCUGCGUCAAAUUGCCAGGUUCAGCGUGGCGGCUCUAGGGUGCCCCUGGAAAUAGCGUCGUGCCACCUCAUUCGGGAAGUUGCGAGGCUCGGGCGCGCGUGCUUUCGUCGUACUUUUCCCGAGUUCUCCUCACGACGUGCCGCGCACUUCUAUCGAGUUUUGAAAGCGCACGUUUUCGUAGCCCCCUAC